AUGAACACAGGGCGGCGGUACAUUCUCCCGACACUUCCAGAAGAGCUCGCCCAUCAGGCUAAACUGAAGCACGAGGCGGAGAAGGCGGCGCGGAAGGAGUCACAUCUGCCGCAAGAUCUGUCGAUGCAUCGGGCGCCGACGACGUCGAGGAAGAAGCUGCGGCGGCUGGCAAAGCGUGAGCGUGCGGAGCGCAAGCGGGCGCACAAUGAGCGGCAGCGGAAGCGGCCGCGGAAGGAACCGGUGCUCAAGGCGUACGCCAACAAGCCGGCCGAGGGCGGCGCCUUCUCAUCGGAUACCGAGUCAGAGGAAGUCGACUCGGACUCGGACGAAGCUGGGAGGGAGCGGAAGCGACAGAAGAAGGGCGCCAACGCCAACUUUCUCAAGCUGCUCGCCAAGGAGGGCCUCAUCGAUGGCGACUAUGGUCAGGACGGCGACGACAUGAAGGACACCAUCGAUCUGGAGAUUGCUGAUCUGGAGCGCAAGCUUGGCCUCAACCGCAAGCGCCGCAAGCAGACUAAGGACGAGUUUGACUAUGCAGAGAUUGCUGGCGAUGCAGUGCUUAAGGGCCUCUCCGCCGCCGGCGGCGGUGGUGGCGGUGGUGGCGGUGGUGGGGCGUUUGACGAGGACGAGCUGCGCGAUAGCAGCAACUCUGCGACGAGCAGCAGCAGCAACAGCAGCAGCAGUGACAGUGGCAGCGGUAGCAGCGGCAGUGGAUCGAGCUCGGGCUAUUCGUCGUCGUCAUCAUCAUCAUCAUCGGCAGCGGUUGAUGCCGAGACUCUGGCACAGCGGCGGCGGAUUGCGCAAAAACUGCGGGGCGUGGUGAACCGACUGGCGGUCUCCAACCUUGCGCCUAUGUGCGGCAAGAUUGUGGCUGUGCUCGAGCAGCAGCCUAGGAUCGAAGUGGCGCAGCUGCUGACCUCGAUCAUGCUAGGAAUGAUGUCUGGGCAGAAGCGCGGGAUUGACGAGCUGCUGACAACAUAUGCAGCGGCGGUGGCGUGGCUCCACAUUGAGGCAGGGCAGGAUGUGUCUGCGCGGAUUGUGGAGCGGCUGGUGCAGGUCUUUGUCGGCGAGAGUGAGGGUGGCGCGGCGUGGACUGAUGCCGGGCGGCGGGCGGCCGGCAAGCUUGUGGCAUCGCGGCCAGUCAUGCUUCUCCUUGUCCAGCUGUACAACUUUGGGUUGUGGCGCGGAGCUGAUGUACGAUCUGGUGAAGCGGCUUGUUCUGGUGCUGCUGACCCACUGCGGGCGCGCCUCCGCGGUGACGACCCAGUUUCGCUCAAGACGAUGAUCAGCGAUGUGGACGCGGCAGUGAGGGCAGCCGGCGGAGCCGAAGCGCUGGGCUCCACCUCGCGGGUCACGUUUAUGCUUGAGACGAUCCAUCAGGUGCGCAACAACCGGCGGCGGCUGAGCGACGAGCGGGCAGGCCUGGAGCCAUACUACAAGGCACUGCCGGCGCGGACGGGCGAGAGCGGGCCGCUGCGGCUGACUGCAUCGCGUUACCUCGAGCAGGGCAAGGCUGGGCUGUGGUGGGUGCUCGGCGAGGCGAUGCAUGACGACGCGGCCAAGUACGCCAAGGUGGAGGUGCCUGUGGUGCCGCCGGAGCUUGCGGCGCUUGCGUCGGAGAUGGGAAUGACGACCGAGGUGCGCAAGGCAGUGUUUUUUGUCCUCGUCACGUCGAGCGACUACGUGGACGCGUUUGAAAAGGUGAGCAAGCUGAGCCUGCGGCCGAAGCAGGCGCGGCAGAUUGUGCAUGUGGCCAUCGAGAGCGCGCUGCAGGAGACGCAGUACAACCCGUUCUACGAGCACUUUAUCAGCAAGGUCCUCAAAAGCGAUCACAACCACCGGGUGACGUUCCAGUUUGCGAUGUGGGACAAGUUCCGGGCGCUAGCCGAGCUGAGCGCGGCCGAACGGCUGAAUCUGGCCAAGCUUGUGGGCGCGCUGCUCGGGCGCGGGGCGGCGAGCAUGACUGUGCUCAAGGGCGCGCAGCUCGAGUCGCUCUCCAAGGCCGGUCUGCUCUUCUUCCGGCUCGUCUUUACAGUCCUCCUCCUCAAUCACUCGGCCGAGGACGUCCACAGCGCGUUCCAGCGGCUGGUCGGCUCGGAGGAUCUGGUGUUCUUGCGGCAGGACGUGACGUUUUUCCUCAAGAACCUGCUGGUGCCGUCGGCCAAGGCCAAGGCCAAGGCCAAGACCUCGUCGGCCGGCGCCAUUGUGGCAGCGAUGGCGCACGCGACGCCGCUCUCGCUCAAGCUCAUGACUGCUGUGUACGACGCCAACGGACAGCAUCCGUUUGUGCCGGUCGCCGAGUGGGCCAAGAUGUCGGCCGAAGAGCGGACGCGCCAGGUCCGGCACGAGAUGAAGCGGCGGGUCAAGGCUGCGGUUUUUGCGCUCGAUGGUGGGGUGCGAGUGUAG